AUGGCAGACUCUAAGGCAAAUCUGCCCCAAGGCGGAAUGCCCCACAACCAGAAGCAGACGGCGGCCUACGACGCCAUGAUGUCCGAUCUAGGCAAUCAUCGCCUUGAAGAGCUGGCUACUGAAGACGAGCCUCGACGUAUUAAUCAAGAGCCCCUUCCGAUCUAUCAUCAAUCGCUCCAGUCGUGGGAUAAGAGAGGCUGGCCUAAUGAUUGGACGAACGCUAUCAAAGAGGGCCGGUUCAAGGAUGAUGAUUACCUUGCAGUCAAGGAUCUUGAACCUCUUGAUAACGGCAAUGCUCACCGUCGUAGACUACGUCCAAUUGCGGUAGAGGGAACUCGUGGUGGAAAUGGUCAGCCACGAGACAUUCAUAAGGACAUCACGAAGGCCUUGAAGAAAGCUCCGCUGUAUGAUCCAUCCAUCCACACUUCACGUAACUACGCCAGAGUGGAACUUCCGCGACCCUUUGCACAGGGGCAUUCACAGCUGCCAUCCGGCGGCGUCAUGCCAUCUGGAGCCAACGUCAAGGGAUGGGGGCCUAUCAAAUCCAGACCGACCACACGAGGUCAUGAUUUCCAGGCCUUCCCCCCUAACAAGGUAUUCACUCAAAGCAAAACCAACUUGCCCGGGCAUAAUACAGCUGAGACAUUCCGCAAGCCUGACGGUAGUAAAUAUGUUCCUCCCCAUGAGCGACGAGGACCAUUUAUUCCAUCCCAGAUCGCCAAAGGUCCUUCUACGGGCUUAGACCUAGGCAUUAUGAGUAUCUUGCCAGCCCGAGUUUUCUUCCCGCAGGCUAAUGCAACCAUUUUCCCUCAAUUACUCAAGGGGAGUAUGAAAGUCUUAGGACAAGUUUCAGUUUACGAACAAUCUCGAAAUGGUGUAAUUGUCUGGGAGAUACGACUAAAUGAUGGAUUGGUCCGGAAAGGAGACAUUCGCCAAUGCAUAGAGGUAUUCCACACCUCACGCAUGGUGUGUCUUCGACGACAGGUUGAUCAACAAGCACCUGUGAGAUCCAGCCAGAUAUGUUUCUCCAGUGCUGAACUAGCAGCAAAGUUCAAAAAGGUAAUAGAAACCUUGGUGAAUCAUGAGAAGAAUCUUUCGGAACCGAUCCUUGAGGAGACUCCAAUCCCUGCAGGUUGGGACGAAAUAACUGAACAACCUUUUCUUAAUGGAGGGUCAGAUACCGACCUAGACAGGGCGGCAUUUGAGGGUUUUGCGUUGUAUCAGAUACCCUACGUUGAUCAAGAGAAGGAGGUGGUUCAAGAAGUGCCGAAGGAUCUCGGUUUAACCUCGACAUCACACGAGGCAGACAUGAUGGAGUUGGCUGCUUCAUAUAACUUGCAACCUCCAGAGAGUCCUUCACAGCAUUCCAGUCCUUCACAGCAUUCCAAGGACCUCAAAGAACCGGUGGACGAUGUAUUGCCCUCCGCCGAAGUAGUUCAUGAGGCGCAAUCUGAUGCCCAAUCUGAUGCCCAAUCCGAAGUUGCUUCACCUUCCGCUCAGCCUAAUCCGGACCAUAGUCCUAUUACACUCCUCUUCGGAAAUUCGCUUCUGCAGAAAGACACGACUAAGCUCCACGAACUUGCAGAUCUGACUUCCAUUGAAUCAAUCAUUGAGUCAGUCAACAUUGGAGAGGCUUUGUCGCAAGAUUCCCUUCUCAUGCUUUCCAGCCUAUCGGCCCAGAACUACCGUGAGAUAGCAUUUGGAUGUCGCUUCGCCAUCCAAAUGCUCAUAGGUAGCUCGUCCUCUCCAAAUGAUGAGGUAGUGAAAAGAACCUGCCUGCAAGCUGCGGCACUAUAUCUUUUGGGCAAUGAGAGCUUCAACUUCAAGGCUUUGGAAUGGGACCAACAGCAAAAAGUAUGCGCAGUGCUGUACACAAAUGUCCUCCAUGGAGAUUCUCGGAUCGUUCGCUCCGCCGAGCAGAUGAACGAGUUGCGAAUGUCUGCGCGUCCCUGCCCAGAUUCAGUUCAACAAUUCAAUGAAUUCAUCCGACAUGUGACUCGCUCGAAAGGAAUGGAGCGUAAGGUUCCUCUGCCCGACAAAAGAGUAGAGCAUAAGGCUCCCCAGUCCUCGAAAGCAGUCGGGGGCGAAGAUUUCCAUUCCGAGAAAGUGGUAGCGCAUAAGACUCCCCAGUCAUUGAAAGUAGUAGAUGACGAGGGUCUUCAUUCGAUGAUUGGCAAGGGAGAUAUCCCAGGGCCUGAGUUUUCUAGAGACGAAAUGAAGCACGUCUACGAUCAUAAAGCAUCAAACUCUACCAAAUGCCCAACCGCGCCGGUGUCACCUCCGGUCAUUGACCCGCCUCCGGUCACGAGCCCGUCUCUGCCGGCCAUGAUACCAUCUUCGGUCAUGGGUCCGCCUCCGGUCAUGGAUCCGCCUAAGGCCAUGGGCUACGAGAUAAUUAGCUCGUCGACAACUACUUCUCAAGCAGAUCGAUCUACUAUCCCACGUAGUGGCCUCGGUUUCAGUAGCCUCAAGCCAGUCGAGGGUGACAGUACUUCCUGCAAGGAACCUGAGCCAUUGAAAACGGCCAACGAACCCUCCAAGGCAACCAACCUGAAAUCAGGUCUUGCAAAAUCCAAAUGGGCACAGGGAUCUUCGACGAACUUAGACGAAACCCCGAAGGGACCUGCCUCCAAGCCGGGCCUCUCCAAGUCCCGAUGGGCCCAGGCGCCCUCAAUAAAAUCGACCACGAUCUAUACGGGUGCAUACCGCCCUAAGACGAGCAGCGUGCGGUCCGACGCGGAUGAGCUAAGAGACCCGAGCCCUAUGUCAGGCAUGACUAGACGCUUCGAGACUCUUCGCUUGGACGAUGCUAAUCAUCAGUGAGUCGAGCAUUGAGCUACAACGUUCAUGAGGCUUAUCUGAAGCUUAUAUUAUGCACGAGGAACGUGUUUGGACCGAAAUAUCGACCGAAGUGACUAGGAUAAUA